CGUUGGCAUCGACAUCAACCCCGAGAACAAACGAAAUCGUACACUGUUACAAUAAUCUGAUAAUAGUAGUUUUGCACCAUCAUGGUUUGUUUGUUUGCUUCGUGGGACAAAUCACCAAGCAAGGUAAAGGAAACCCAAAAUCACAGCGAUCAAGCCACCAUUGCAAUUGCGAUAACACGUGCGGCGGCAACAACGAUGGUGGGAGAUGAACCGUCCCCAAUCUCCUCUCCGUUGCUGAGUGGAAGUAUGAUCGUUGACGAUGCGAAAAGGAAAGGRGACUUUCUCCUCGUGCAGUCGGCGGGAGAGAACCAAACACAUCCAUCGAAGCGGCCAAGGCCCGCACAACUCACCGUCUGCGRCGCAGAGGAGCAGGYCGAACCGUACGCAACCCACCGACCAAGAAACAAGCCCAAACAGAGAACCCACGGCGCGAAAGCCGUCACCUUUGAUACGGAGCGCAACAAAACAGUCRCCGUACCUUCGCACAGGGACUACACWAUGGAAGAACACUCCUCCUACUAUUUCCAGCGAGCCGACUACAGCAACAUCCGAAGAGAAAUCCAAAGAACGAUCGACUUUGUCCGGUCGUCCGAGACGAGUUCGUGCGAUGGUGCUGCUUGCCGCGACGACCAAGCUCGUGCCACCGACGAGCACUGCGUCCGGGGCCUAGAAUCCCUAGUGGAAGGAUUUGUCAAGGAACACAAGAAAAAAGUCAUGAAGGCGUCACGGUCCGCCGUCUUUCGGUUUCAGAAGAGGCAGAGACGAAAGCGACAGCGGCGGCAGCUACGGGAACGACAACGAGACCCUGCCGACGCCGCCAGGAGGGACAGCGACGGCGACAGCGACGGCGACCAUGCCGCUGCGGUGGCGCUCGCCUUGGCCUACAGGAGGUGCACCACCGAGUCCGAGCAGAUCGCCCGGCGAUGGGGCCACUUCGACGCAAUCGAUGCCGGCAUCCGAGUCCCGCCACCGCCACCGGCUUGUCCCCGGGCGGGGGAUGCUACCGGCGGCCCGCCCGAUCGGAGCAGCGGCGAGAGCGAGAGCGAUUCCGACGAUUCCAACCAUGGAUCGUCGGUCGAGGAGCCGAGCGGCGGAGAAAGGGAGCCGCUCUCUUUGGACAACGACCUUGAUGCCCUGCCGGACUUGCUGCUCCUUCGAUUUUGAUGCCUCCAGUCAUUUCGAUCCAAUUUUGAUCUAGACCAAUAUUUUUYGCAAACAAUACAAAUAGAAUUYWWAAAAAAUA